AUGAUUCCCAUAUGUCCAGUAGUUUCCUUCACCUAUGUGCCCAGCCGGCUCGGUGAAGAUGCCAAAAUGGCUACCGGCAAUUACUUUGGAUUUGCCCACGGGGCUGCCGCCCAGUACAGUCAGCAGCCAGGUGCCGGGGUAGCCUACACGCACCCCACCACGGUGGCCAGCUACACUGUUCACCAAGCACCUGUGGCGGCACACACCGUGGCGGCAGCCUACGCUCCCACUGCAGGCACCGUUGCAGUUCGGCCGGCGCCCGUCUCAGUAGCAGCCGCUACUGCCGCGGCUUAUGGGGGAUACCAGCCGGCACAUGCCGCAGCUGACUACGGCUACCCCCAGCGCCCGCAGGAAGUCCCUCCACCACCGCCACCCGUCACCUCACAAAACUACCAGGACACCUACUCCUAUGUCCGGUCCACAGCUCCUGCUGUGGCUUAUGACAGUAAGCAGUACUACCAACAGGCCACUGCUACAGCAGCAGUCGCUGCUGCACAGCCGCAACCCAGCGUGGCAGAUUCCUACUACCAGACGGCCCCUAAACCAGGAUAUAGCCAGGGUGUUACCUCGUACACCCAGAGCCAGCAGAGUCGACAGGUCACCGUGAUAAAGCCAGCCGCUCCCAGUCAAGCCUCAUCCACUUUCUCCAUCUACCCAGUGACUUCUGCUGUCCAGCCUGUGGCCGCCGCCGCGUCCGUGGUCCCCUCUUACUCCCAAAGCCCGACCUACAGCACCAAUGCUGUCACUUACUCUGGAACAUCAUACUCUGGCUAUGAGGCAGCCGUUUACUCUGCAGCCUCCAGCUACUACCACCAGCAGCAGCAGCAACAACAACAGCAGCAGCAACAGCAGCAACAACAACAACAACAACAGCAGCAGCAGCAGCAGCAGCAACAACAACAGCAGCAGCAACAGAAGCAGGCAGUGGCAGCUGUAGCAGCGGCGUGGACGGGGAACACGUUCACCAAGAAACCUCCCUUUCAGAGCAAGCAGCUUCGUCCCAAGCAGCAGCAGCCUAAACCCCCUCAGAUCCACUACUGCGACGUCUGUAAGAUCAGCUGUGCCGGCCCCCAGACUUACAAGGAGCACCUUGAAGGCCAGAAGCACAAGAAGAAGGAGGCGGCACUGAAGGUUUCCCAGAGCACCAACAGCAGCGGCGGUAGUGGCGGAGGGUCGAUGUCCCGCAAUGCUCAAAACCAGCUCCGCUGUGAGCUCUGCGACGUUUCCUGCACUGGCGCCGAUGCCUACGCCGCCCAUAUCCGCGGAGCCAAACACCAGAAGGUUGUGAAGCUUCACACCAAGCUCGGUAAGCCCAUUCCCUCGACCGAGCCCAGCAUGGUCACUCAAACAUCGUCCAUUACCACAGCUGCUCCCAGCAAGACCACCACAGCGACCCUGAGCAGCACCGGCGGCUCUCCGUGUGCGGCCUCCUCCAGCUCUGCAUACCUGAAACCAGUCAACACGGUCAGCAGUGCUAUGGCAGGCGUGAAGAACCCGUCGGCCAACAGCCUCUCUGUUGCCAACUCUGCCUCCGCCGGGAAGAAAGUCACCGCCCCCAAGAUCAAUUUUGUUGGUGGAAAUAAAUUGCAGACCACAGUGAAGAUGGAUGAGGCCAAAGUGGAAGCUUCUAAGCCUGCGACGCCCUCCUCGGGUACACAGGACCCCAAGGGCGACGUUUCAGAUUCUCUGUCCACAUCAGCCUUGGCUGCACUGCAGAGCGACGUCCAGCCGGUCGGUCACGACUACGUCGAGGAGGUCCGAAACGACGAAGGCAAAGUCAUCCGCUUCCAUUGCAAGCUGUGUGAAUGUAGCUUCAACGAUCCAAAUGCAAAGGAAAUGCAUCUGAAAGGUCGACGGCAUCGACUGCAGUACAAGAAAAAGGUCAACCCAGAUCUGCAGGUGGAGGUCAAGCCCAGCAUCCGAGCCCGGAAGAUUCAGGAAGAGAAGAUGAGAAAGCAGAUGCAGAAAGAAGAGUACUGGAGGAGAAGAGAGGAGGAGGAGCGCUGGAGAAUGGAGAUGCGGCGUUAUGAAGAGGACAUGUACUGGAGACGUAUGGAGGAGGAGCAGCACCACUGGGACGACCGGCGCCGCAUGCCGGACGGCGUUUAUCCCCCGGGGCCUCCUGGUCCCCCCGGCCUUCUUGGCGUCCGGCCCGGCAUGCCCGGCCUCCAGGCGCCGGGUCCUGUGCCUCCACGUCGGCCCGACUCUUCAGACGACCGCUAUGUCAUGACCAAGCAUGCAGCCAUCUACCCCUCAGAGGAUGAGCUCCAGUCCAUCCAGAAGAUUGUGUCCAUCACAGAGCGCGCGCUCAAACUGGUCUCCGACAUCAUUACGGACAAGGACAAGGCCAAAGAAGAAGAAGAAGAAGAGGAGAAGGAGGAGAAAGAACCCUCUAAAGACAGAGCCCUGAAGGGCGUGAUGAGGGUUGGAGUCCUGGCCAAAGGUUUGCUGCUUCGCGGGGACAAGAACGUCAACCUUGUCCUGCUCUGCUCCGAGAAGCCCACCAAGGACCUCCUCUCCCGCAUCGUGGAGCACCUCCCCAAACAACUAACAGUGGUCACGCCCGAGAAAUACGAGGUCAGUGGCUGCGCUGAGGAAGCGGCGAUCAUCCUGACGUCCGGCACCGAGCCGAAGAUGCGAGUGACGAUCACGCUGACUUCGCCCGUCAUCAGGGAGGAAAACGGCCGGGACGGAGAUGUAACCUCGGGUAUGGUGAAAGACCCAGCGGACGUCUUGGACAGGCAAAAAUGCCUUGACGCUCUGGCUGCUCUGCGCCACGCUAAGUGGUUCCAGGCCAGAGCCAACGGCCUUCAGUCCUGCGUGAUCAUCAUCCGGAUCCUGCGAGACCUCUGCCAGCGGGUUCCCACGUGGUCGUCCUUCCCGGGAUGGGCGAUGGAGCUGCUGGUGGAGAAUGCGAUCAACAGCUCCUCUCCCCUCAGCCCGGGUGACGCUCUGAGGCGUAUUGAAUGUAUCUCCUCUGGGAUCUUGCUCCCUGGUGCUCCAGGAUUAGUGGAUCCUUGUGAAAAGAGGGCCAUGGAUACCCUCGCAUCGAUGGGGGAGCAACAAAGAGAGGACAUCACCUCCAGUGCCCAAUUUGCCUUGAGGCUCCUGGCAUUCCGUCAGAUCCACAAAGUUCUGGGCAUGGACCCCCUGCCGCAGGUAAACCCCCGCUUCAGCGUCCGCAACAGCCGCAAGCGUCGCCGCGACAACAGCGAGGGGACGGACAGCUUGGAGGGCGACGGCAAGAAGGACAAGAAGGAUUACGACAGUCUCUAAAGCGUCUCCGUUAUCGGCCGCGCCGCCACGUGAAGUACUAACAUGUUGUACGCGCCGUCUCCUGUGUCCUGGUUGAGCUCCAGUGCGGCUGUUGUUUUUGUUUCCGUUAAUAAGCUACAGAUGUAUCCGUGUAACCGCAGCCUCACAGUGCUCUGUAUUGCACAAACCAACGUGUCUGGUUGUGUUCCGUUUUAGUUGUAGAUUUCUUACAGUUUGGCUUCUCUAGAUAACGGUUUUUACCCGACGGGCCUCUGGAGUCGGAGUGGCGCUGCAGCAGCGAUGCUUAAUCCGCGCCUUCAUUCAUCUAUAUCGUCCCAUCCGGUGGUGGACCGUGUUCUUAAUGUGAAGCAUUCAUUUGACCAACUCAAUUUACUUGUUCUUUUUGGAUAUGAAUAACUGCUUCAUGCGAGUGAUGUUUGCUGCUGUGGUCUUCUUGUUGCUUCUCGAUGCCACACAUAACCAUAAAAAAGACCUACGGGGCGUCAGAGAUUCAGAAGAACUUUCACUGUUGAUAGAUCUUUGUUAGUUGUGAAGUUGUGCUUUUAUGUCCUUUCAUUUUCAUAUAUAUGGAAGUAUUUGUAUAAUCUUUAAAUAGAUGAAAAAACAACUAAAAACAGCUUUUGUUUGUGAAACUUGCACCGUUCUUUUUGCUUUUAGAAUUAUUAUUUUUUUUUCCUUGUUAAUAAGAAACUUCAUUGGCUUGCUUGCCUUUUAACCUGGUUUAGGUGAAUUCAGUUCAGUAGUGGAAAUGAGAACAGUAAUCUAGACUUGGAAUGAGAGUGACUUUGAAUGCUUGCCAUGCUCUGCAUUCUGCUUCAAUCCCAGCAGCAGAAUAAACCCAUUUCCAGAUUGA